GCACAUCCCUCGUGUCAUUGUGGACAUGAGAGAAGCAUAAUUUAUAGAUAAAUUCGUCCGCUGCAAGCGAUAUAAAUAUAAACGUUUAUUCUCGGGUUUAUAACAGUGUCAAAAUCAAUGGGGCGCAAACGUGGUAGGACGGCGAAGGGCGCGCGAGCGAAGCAGGCGGGGGCGCCGGGCGACGCGGCAUCUCAGCCCGCGUGUCAUUCGUUCAUCAUCCACCAAGGUCGUCUCGUCGGCGCGCCGUUCGACCUCAUACGCGACCUUCGCAAGGUCAUGCAGCCGAACACAGCGUCCGAGCUCAAGGUGAAAAAGUCGAACGUGUUCAAGGACUUUGCGGCGGUCGCCGGACCGUUCGGCGUCUCGCACAUCAUCGUUCUCACGAAGCCUAGUCUACACAUCAACCUGCACAUCGUGCGCAUGCCCCGCGGACCCACCCUCGCCUUCAAGUGUCUCGGGAUGUCGCCGCGGCAACGCGGGAAGGGCAAAAAUGCAGAGUGCCACGUUUUCCGACGGCCUGAGAUUUCGUCCGAGGGUAAAAUCGCGCGAGUCCCUCGAAAAGAAAUGUUGCUAGAAUUGUCGCUCGAAAGAAACAUUGUGCUAGAAUCGUUGCUUGGAAACAUUGCAGAUUGCGGGCGAUUGCGUAGAAGGUUGACGGAACUCGGACCUCGCAUGAAGCUGCUGCUGUUUAAGAUACAGGAGGGCACAAUGGACGGCAAGGUGCUCUUCCACGGAUUCCUCAAGAAGACAGAAGAGGAGAAGAUACUGAUCGACGAGAAACUGCAGAAGAGGAAGCGCGUGAAAGAACAGAGGAAGAAAUUGCAGGAAGCCAACGUGAGAAUGAAGCUGAAGGAGAAGGAAGAUCACAAGAAGCGAUCGUUGCGACUUGUUUCCGGAGAAGGCGGCGGCAAAACGGAAGGCGUCCGACGGCGAGAAACAACGGAACGUCCCUUCGAAGCGCGGCAAGUGGCAGCGACCGGGCGAAACAAGCGAACGUCACGGCGGAGGUCGUGGCAGAGGUCAAGACAGAGGUCGUGCUGGAGGUCAAGACAGAGGUCGCAGUGGAGGUCGUGGUGAAGGUCGCGGCAGAGGUCGCAGUGAAGGUCGUGGCAGAGGUCGCGGCGGAAGUAGGGGUUCCGGUGACGGCAGGCGCGAUCCAAGAAGUUCGAAGUUCGAUCCAAAGACAAAGGCCUCCGGGAAGCGGGGGAAAGCGCCGGGGAAAUUUGGGAGGGGUGGUAGAGGCAGAGGAGGAGGUGACAGAGGAAGCCGGAGAGGUCGGGGAGGCGGGGUCACCCGGUAACAGGACCGUACGUGACCAGGGGAAGCAAGAGGAGGCUGGGUUGCCACAGUAACAGGACCUCACGCCACGAUGGGAAGGAGGAGGAAGCUGGGUUGCCACGGUAACAGGACCUCACGCCAUGGUGGGAAGGAGGAGGAAGCUGGGUUGCCACGGUAACAGGACCGCACGUGACCAUGUGAAGCAGAAGGUGUGGUUGCCACGGUAACAGAACCUCACGCCACCAGAGGAAGCAGGAGGCUGGGUUGCCACGGUAACAGGACCUCACGCCACCAUGGGAAGCAGGAGGACGCUGGGUUGCCACGGUAACAGGACCUCAAGCCACCAUGGGAAGCAGGAGGAGGCUGGGUUGCCACGGUAACAGGACCUCACGCCACCAUGGGAAGCAGGAGGAGGCUGGGUUGCCACGGUAACAGGACCGCACAUGACCAGGUGAAGCAGGAAGAGACUGGGUUGCCAUGGUAACAGGACCUCACGCAAUCCGGGAAACCAGGAGGCAGUGGGCUUGCCACGGUAACAGAACCACACGCGACUAGCGGAAGCAGGAUAUGGGGUUGCCAUAGUAACAAGACCACACGCGACCAGCGGAAGCAAAAGGAGGUGGGGUUGCCAUGGUAACGAGAUGGAAAGUGGUGAGGGGUCACGAGCUCUUCCUUACCGAACCCCAUCUGCCAUCUGUACAUGGCAGGGGAGGAGUAUCUCUGUUAUCUGUACACAUACAAGCUCAAUCACUGUAGACACGUGUACGAACGGAGUACCUAUGUAGGGCGGGGGAGAGGGUAAUAGAGAGGGGGUCUGUGAGAGAGAAGGUGCAAGAGAGAAAGGGAGAGAGAGAGAG